ACCCCAAUGAGUUUAUGUCAACAACCUUUCCUGACAGUGCAGAAUCACCGCUGUUUGCCCACCUCAUAGCCCGGCUGGAGCUGCAGUCUCUGCCAGACCACUGCUGCGUCUUGACACCCGACGGAGACAUGAUCCCCAUCUCGCCUUGGCUGGUCCUCCUGGUGGUCGCAGGACCCCCUCGGGCGGCCGGGGAGGGGCUGCAGGACAUCCUGGGGGGCCGCUACGGCCAGUGCUUCCAGUCCGUCUCUGGAGAGGCAGGUGCUUUGAACCUUGGGCAGAGAUGGGGAGACCCCUCCCCAACAGCCACAUUGUCCAUCGAUCCGCGCACGGUGACAAGUGCCACCUCCUAUUUCGACUUCCGCACCUUCGACCCGGAAGGCGUGAUCUUCUACGGGGACAUGAGCCCCGGAGUCAACUGGUUCGUCCUGGCCCUGCGCAACGGCAAACCCGAAAUCCAGAUCCACAACACCGUGACAAACGUCACCGUUUCCGGGGGGCGGAGCAUCAACGAUGGCCAGUGGCAUCGGAUCAUGGCGAAGAACGAGGGGCACACCGUCCUGCUGGCAGUGGACGGCGAUGACCAGCUGACCCUCAACCACGUCUCCGAAGCCAUCGUGGAGGCCCCUGUCUUCGCCCUGCGCAUUGGCGUCGGGGGCUUGCUGAUCCCCACGGAGGAGCUCCUUGUCCCACUGAACCCGGCCAUGGACGGCUGCAUGAGGCGAUGGAACUGGCUGAACAAGAGCACCGAGUGGCUGGAAGGGACGUCCCUGGAGGACAAAGACACCAAGGUCUGCUUCCCCACCGUCCGCAGGGGGAGUUUCUUCCCAGGGAAUGGACUGGCCACCUUCUCUCUCUCAGGCCUCCCUACCGGAGUCAUCUCUGCCAACCGGAGCUGGUCCCUGACUGUGGAGAUGUGGAUCGGGGCCGCCCCGCAGUCAGCGCCCUUGCUGGCCACCUCCGCUUUCCCCCUGCACUUAAGCCUGCAUCGCACGGAUCUGACGGCUCACCUGGGGAACAAGACGGUCCUUCAGGUGCCCUUCCCCCCGGGGGGCUGCCUAGACGCCCCCCUCCACCUGAGCAUCACCCCGUCCCACGCCACGCUGCGCCUGGGCGACGCGGAGACCUCGAAGCCCACCCAGAAACUGGAUUUCGAAAGCCUGAAGCACAUCUGGCUGGGGAAAAAGGGGGGCUUCGUCGUCGGGGGGCUGCCUGGACAGGAAAAAUCCCCGCUGGCCCAGGAGAGGAAUUUCUUCCGGGGCUGCCUGCGUGGGAUCCAGGUUCAAGGCCACGAGCUGGACUUUGACGAGGUGCAAUCUAGGAGCAACUCUAUCUGGCCCCACAGCUGCCCCGGAGCCGACGUAGGCCAGGCCAAGGCAGACCAAGAGGAGUAGGGAGCACGUCGCCGGCGCAUCUUUUCCCGCGGAGU